AUGGAGGAUCUCAAUCUCUACAUCCUGACGGCCAACUGCGCCCGGAAUCUCAUCGACAUAGAUCGCUUCGCAGAGCACUUCUUCAAUGCGCUCCCUACUUCCACGGGAAGCUUCAGUGCCCCGGAGCUGAUCGUACUCUCGUUACAAGAGAUAGCGCCAAUCGCCUACUCAUUUUUGGGCGGAUCGUACCUGAUUCCCUACUACGAUGCUUUUAUUCAGGCGGUUCAAAAGGCCGCGACAAAACAAUUUGGUCGAUCCUACGAAAGUGUACUCCAGGAUCAUAUCGGCAUGACUGGGUUGAUGGUAUUUGCGCGCUCCGAUGUAACGGAUAGGAUAUCGUGGAUAGAGACGGCGUAUGUUGGGUUUGGUGUUCAGGAAAUGGGCAAUAAGGGUGCUGUGGGCGCGCGGCUGGGGUAUGUGGUUGACGAGCAUUCGGCGCAAACGAUGAAUUUGACCUUUGUCGCGGCGCAUCUGGCGCCGAUGGAGAAUGCGCUGGAACAGCGGAAUCUAGACUGGCAGAGUAUUGUCGAGCGACUGGUCUUCUCGCAGCAAGACACUGCGUCAAAGAGCGGUGAUAGUGAGGGGGCCGACGAGAAUGCCACACUGCUAGGAUCGCAUCGAUCGUCCGAGUCUCAGCCAGAAACGCGACGAGACCUGUUCGCACCGAAUUCCUACCUCUUCCUGGCCGGAGACCUGAACUAUCGCACCUCGGACAUCCAGCCCUCCAAGGCCGAUGUCCUUCGGUUCCCGCGCCGACUCGUCAAUCGCGAGAGCACCUUGCACUAUUCACACCUCCUCAAAGAAGAUCAGCUCAUGCGCCAGAUGCAACAAGGCAAGAGUUUCCACGGCCUCUCAGAGGCCCCCAUCGACUUCCCCCCAACAUACAAAUACUCCGACGCAGCGCGCGAGGCCGCGCGACUCGGCGUGGACAGCGGCGACGCAGAGUGGAAAUGGUCCAGCCACCGCUGGCCCAGCUGGUGCGACCGAAUCCUCUACCUCGACGCACCAGAGGGAGGUGAGCGACGGGUCAAACCCCAGGCGUACGAUGCACUCCCGUUGCUCCCACAGUCAGACCACCGGCCUGUUGCGCUGGCGAUUUCUGUACCCGUGCCGCUGAAACGCACCAGCUCGCGGGCUGAUCACACGGACGAGUCGCGGGUGGCUCCAUUCGCAAUCGAUCCCCGAUGGAGGAGUCGGCGGGAGGUUGCGCGGCGGAAGGAGGUGGUGGUGGGCGUGUUGGCGUACCUAGGAUUGACCUGGGAAGGGAAUGGGCUGCUUCUUGCGUCGACAAUUGGGAUUUUGGGGACGUGGAUGGUCCUUCGGUCUUUGUGGGGGGCUUAA